GACUGAGUAAUUAAAAUGAAAAUAAUUAAAAUUAAAUAAAAUUUAAAUAUCUUAUUAUUUAGUAUAAUUAUAAUUUGAUUAAUUCAUUGACUCUUGUAAUAACAAUGAGAUUAAAUGAUAAAAAAUCAAAUUGUCAAGCAAAAAAUUUAAUUAUUACAUCAAGUGAACGUAAUUAUAAAAUUUUAUGUCAGAUGAUAGCAGACAGCUUUGACGAGCUGCCAGAAGAUGUUGUCUCAAAGAAAUGGAGUUUUUAAAAUAUUCAGUAGAUAUUUAACAAUAGAAAAUUCUGUUCAGCCUGAAAUAUCACGAAUUCAACAAUUUCGUGAACGUUUGAAUCAUGAUAAGAAACAGGAGAUUCUUACGGAUUCAUUUGGACGUCAUCAUUCUUAUCUAAGAAUUUCAUUAACAGAAAAAUGCAAUCUGCGAUGUUUGUAUUGCAUGCCAGCAGAAGGUGUCAAGCUGACGAAAAGUGAUAAAAUUUUGACAACUGAUGAAAUAAUGAGACUAGCAAGACUUUUUGUUAAAAAUGGAGUCAAAAAAAUAAGAUUAACUGGUGGAGAGCCUACUGUUCGCAGAGAUAUUGUUGAUAUCAUUGGUCAGUUAAAGACAUUAAAAAAUUUAGAAAGUGUUGGAAUGACAACAAAUGGCCUAACAUUAACUCGUCAACUACCAGCACUGCAGAGAGCGGGUCUAGAUGCACUGAAUAUUUCACUUGAUAGUCUUAAAAAAGAUAGAUUCGAAAAAUUUACACGAAGACAAGGAUUCAAUCGAGUAUUAGCGUCAAUUGAUUUAGCUGUGCAGUUAAAAUACAACCCAGUAAAGAUAAAUUGCGUAAUGAUGCGCGGUUUCAAUGAGGAUGAACUAAUAGAUUUUGUAAAGUUCACAAAAGAUCGACCUAUUGAUGUGAGAUUCAUCGAGUACAUGCCAUUUUCUGGUAACGAUUGGGACGAAGCUAAAAUGUUAUCGUUUGAGGAAAUGAAAUUUAUAAUAAGAAAAGAGUUUCCUGACUUUCGACAACUUGAAACACCAGCAAACUCAACAUCGAAGGCUUAUUGUGUACCUGGAUUUGUUGGACAAGUUGGUUUUAUAACAUCAAUGAGUCAGCAUUUCUGUUAUUCAUGCAAUAGAUUACGAAUUACCGCGGAUGGUAAUAUUAAAGUUUGUUUGUUUGAAGGCAAAAGUGAGAUAUCAUUACGCGAUGCCAUGAGGAAUGGAGCUUCUGAUGAUGAUUUAGAAAAAAUUAUCGGAUUGGCUGUUUCACGGAAAAAGAAACAACAUGCUGGUCCGCCGCAGUUACAAGAAAUAUUUAAAAAUUAUAGUAUCUAUGGAAUUAACUACCACUUUAAUCAUCAAAUAAAAUUAAAUGCACGACAAUAUUCAUCAUUGACGCACGUAGAUAGCUCAGGGAAAGCAGCGAUGGUGGACGUAAGCAGCAAAGACUCAACUAAUCGUUGUGCGAGAGCACGUGGAGUCGUACGUGUUGGUCCAGUUGUCAGUAAACUUAUCGCUGAUAAUAAUAUGAAGAAAGGUGAUGUGUUACUCGUCGCUCAGCUUGCGGGAAUAAUUGGAGCGAAAAAAACAUCCGAGUUGAUACCAUUGUGUCAUCCAUUGGCACUCGAUAAUGUUAAGGUCAAUUUGCAGCUCAACGAAGUUGAGCACACGGUUGAAAUAAUAACAGAAGUUAGUUGUACUGGAAAAACUGGUGUUGAAAUGGAAGCUUUAACUGCUGCUAGCGUUACUGCGCUGACUAUUUACGAUAUGUGUAAAUCAGCUGCUACACCAGAACAACUUGAAAUAUUUAAAAUUGAAUUAAUAUCUAAAACUGGCGGUAAAACUGGUGAUUACCAUAGAAAAAAAAGUAAUUAA